AGAAGAAUCAGAAGCAACUUCAGUGAUACAUACAAAACCCUGAAAAGGUCUUGACAGGGUGGAUGUGCAAAAGGGGAAAAAAAAAAAUCAUCGAUCGGUCGAGAACUGGGGGUCACUGUUUAAAAUUAAGUGGUGACCCAUUUAAAACAGGAUCGCAAAGAGGAGGGCUUGUAGAGCAAUGACCCGGAAUUCUGGAUUCAAAUCAGCAAGUCAAAUGCAUUCAUAACAUGGCCAUCAGAUUACAGGGAUUCUAUGAUCGUAUCAUUUAUACUGAACCAGAAAAGGAAACUUGAAUUACUUCGUGGAAUGUUAACGUCCCUGGCAAGUUCGACUGAAGGAAAAUGAGAGAAGUUCUUCUCACCUUUCUGCUUAUAGCCAGCACCUAUGCUUUUGACUUCAGUUGUGGAGACCCAGUCUACAAACCUGAUUUAAAUGAGAACAGUAACAAUGUAAUACCAUUCAGCUGGCCGUGGCAGGUUUCACUGCAAGCUAAAAGAGGAAUAUCAUAUUCCCAUAUGUGUGGAGGGGCCCUCAUUGACCCAACGUGGAUCUUGACUGCUGGGAAAUGCAUUAACGAAGGUAUGAAAUAUCGUGUUGUAUUGGGGAAAUAUGACUUGACGUUGACUGAAGGUUCAGAACAAUACAUUGAACCUGUCAAAAUGAUUUCUCACCCAAUGUUUAAUCCCAAAUGUAUCACUUGUGGGUUUGAUUUAGCUUUAUUAAAGCUCUCCUGGCCAGUCGUUUUCACUGACAAGAUUAGACUAACCUGUCUCCCUGCAGCAGGGGAAGAACUACCAGAUAAUUACACAUGUGUGGUCACUGGAUGGGGAAAACUGAAUGCCAAGGGGCCUAAAUCUCACAAGAUGCAGCAAGCCCUACUUCCAGUAGUCGAACACGAUACCUGCAGCAGGUCUGACUGGUGGGGAACUAACGUGAUGGACACCAUGAUCUGUGUCGGAGGGUAUUCCAAGACUGCAUGUGAAGGUGACCCAGGAAGUCCUUUGAAUUGUUUUGGUAGUGAUGGUAGAUGGUAUGUCAACGGAGUGGGGAGCUUUACAGGAACCUAUCCUUGUAACACAGCGAGAAAGCCAACAGUCUACACCCGGGUAUCUGCCUUCAACAGCUGGAUCAAUGAUACCAUGAGUAGCAACUAAAGCAAGAGAACCAUAGCCUUCAAGUGAUCACAUACCUUUGGUAAAGACUUAAAUCAGACUGCAGAUAUAUUGGUGAUUUGCACAGCAGAUUCCUCUGCUCCACAUUAUUGAGAAGAAUGUAAAGAAAUGUUUUCUACAGUUUAAACAUGAAUCUUCUGGUUCAAAUGAACUACAUCUCAUAUUAUGUUUGAUUGUUUGUUUGUAAUUUAUUCUUAAAACAGUGCUUGUAUAGUUUUUAAGUGCCAGGAUUUAUUUAACAUUAGCCUCAGGUUAAUACAUUUUAUUCAGUAGAGAUAUUUUUGGGGACAGCGUAUACGUGUAGAUGCCCACAACUUGGGCAUGAGAAAGAAUACACGAUGCCAGUUAUUUUCAUGUUGUAUCUCCUGCCUCCUUUUUUUCAUAUAUUGAUGUUGGUACGAUAACUGGCAUUAUAAGAUGCCACUGAACAUAACUGUCAUGGUGAUGACAGGCAGCAUAAUCCAGCAAUUUGAGGAAGUGGGCAUCACUGCAUGAGGUGGUUUUAAUCUGUGCCACCAAUGUCACUGACUGUUAGUCCUGUAGA